CACAGUGGGAAGUGGGUGGGGCCAUGAAGGCAGGAGGAGGGGCAGGAAUGCAAGAGAAAGAAAAAGGCCCUGUAAUGAAGUGCUCUCAUUAAAGGUGGUGGUGGCGUUCAUGACUAUGGAGAGCCCAUUCGUGGAUAAAAGGCACUGCUUUGCCAUUUAGAAGAUCAAGGGAAUGGGAAAAAUGGAGCACAGGAAAAUGAGAGUGAAGAACAAGUUGGAUUCUGUGCUUCAUGUUCUCAUCAUGGUGUUUUGCUGUUACUGUUUCUGCUGCUGCAAUGGAGAAUUUGUAGCUCAGUUGAAUGAGAUGUCUGAGGGUCGAAUCCUCGUGGCUCUUAAGUCUGGGAUUGUGGAUAGUUCAGGGAGGUUGGGUGACUGGACUGAGAAGAAUACUAGUGAGGGCGGUAUUGCUUCUCAUUGUUCCUGGUCUGGGGUGUCUUGUGAUGCCUAUAUAGGAAAGGUGACGAGUCUGAAUCUGUCUUGCAUGAAUCUCACUGGGAGAAUUUCUUCUGAGAUUCAGGGCCUGGUGCAUUUACAAGUUCUGAAUAUCAGUCAUAAUAUGUUUGGGGGACUUCUGCCUCUUGUAUUAUUCAAUCUUACCAGGCUUCGCCGCCUGGACAUUAAUCACAACUCCUUUGAAGGCCCAUUUCCAGAGGGGAUUUCAAGGUUGAAGAAUCUGAUGAGCUUUGUGGCCUUUAGUAACUCUUUUACUGGGCCUUUGCCUGUGGAGUUUAUUGAGCUGCCAUAUCUGGAACAGCUUGAUUUGGGCGGGAGUUAUUUCAAUGGCUCUGUGCCUCCUCAAUAUGGGUUUUUCAGAAACCUGAGGUAUCUUCACUUGGCUGGAAAUGCCCUUACUGGGGCAAUACCGCCAGAGUUGGGAAUGCUUAGGGAGCUCAGGCACCUGGAAAUCGGGUACAAUAACUUCAGUGGUGGGAUUCCAUGGCAGCUUGGUAAUAUGACCGAGCUGGAGUACUUGGAUAUUGCCCAGGGUAAUUUAAGUGGAGGUUUGCCCUGGGAGUUGGGCAGGCUGAGGAAGCUGAACACAAUGUAUCUGUUCAAGAACAGUUUGGUGGGCACAAUUCCUGGGUAUUUCGGCAAUCUACGGAACCUGGUUUCGCUGGAUUUGUCCAAUAAUAUGAUCUCGGGGUCGAUUCCGAGGAACUUCUGGAGGCUGAAAAAGCUCGGCCUGCUCUGUCUCAUGUAUAACAAUAUGAGCGGGAGCGUGCCGAGGGGAAUCGGGGAGCUGCCAAAGCUGGAGGUUUUGCGCAUUUGGAGCAAUUCCUUCACGGGAAUGCUCCCUCAGGAGCUUGGCAGCAAGUGCCGGCUCAAGGAGCUUGAUGUUUCCUCCAACCGCUUUACGGGCCCCAUUCCGCCGUUUCUCUGCGCCGGAGGUGAGCUCUUCAAGCUUAUCAUGUUUUCCAACCGUUUCAAUGGCGAAAUUCCCGCCGGUCUCGCUCUCUGCUCACGGCUAUGGCGUUUCCGGGUAGAAGACAACAUGCUGAGCGGGCGAAUCCCGCCAGGACUGGGUUUGCUACACAACUUGACGUUUGUGGACCUGUCGACGAACAAUUUCAGCAUGGGAUUAGCCCCUGAUAUUUUCAAUGCGCCCAGAUUGCAGUACAUUAAUGUCUCGUACAAUUCUCAUCUGGGCGGGAAACUUCCAGACAAGGUCUGGAGCACUCCUAGCCUGCAGAUAUUCUCAGCUGCUUUCUCUAACAUUUCAGGAAAGCUUCCCUCCUUCGAGGACUGCAAUUUCCUCUACAAGCUGGAGCUUCAGGGGAAUGUCUUGUCUGGGCCGAUUCCAAGAGACAUUACCCACUGUCAAAAGCUCUUGAAAUUCCAAGUCAGUGAAAAUAGGCUCACGGGCUCCAUUAUGCCCGAGCUUGCAAUGCUGCCAGAAAUCAAUGAAAUCGAUCUCUCCCACAAUGCUUUCACAGGGGUGAUUCCACAAGGCUUUGACAAUUGUACUACUCUGGAGAUUUUCAAUGUGUCCUUCAAUCGACUCACUGGGCCUGUUCCUUCAGACGGCCCGGUGUUUAGAAACAUCAGUAGGAGUGUAUUUGCAGGCAAUCCGGGGCUCUGCGGAGGUGUCCUGGUGCCCUGUUUGGAGUUCCCCACGCCUGAUUUGUAUGCUCCUCGGGCUAAAAAGCCCGGUCCUCUGGUCUGGGUCAUGGGGGGUGUCUUUGCUCUAGCCCUUUUCAUUCUCAUUGUGGGAACCCGUUGCUUCUACAAGCAUUACAAGGGCUACAUUCUAGGCAACCGCUACAGAACAGAGCAUGACGAGGGCCCAUGGAAGAUGACCGCCUUCCAGCGCCUCAACUUCACUGUGGAAGCCAUUCUUGAGUGUCUCAAGGCCUCAAAUAUCAUUGGGAUGGGAUCAGCCGGCACCGUCUACAAAGCCCAGAUGCCCAAUGGAGAAACCAUUGCCGUCAAGAAGCUCUGGACUAACCCCAAGGAAGCCCACAGGCGCCGCAGGGGCGUUCUUGCUGAGGUUGACGUGCUCGGAAACGUUAGGCACAGGAACAUUGUGCGUCUGCUGGGUUGUUGUUCCAACAAUGAAACAACUCUUCUGCUCUAUGAGUACAUGCCCAAUGGAAGCUUGGCAGACCUGCUCCAUGGCAACAAGGAGGCCAACAUGUUGGCAGACUGGAUGACCAGAUAUAAGGUUGCUGUGGGAGUGGCACAGGGGCUCAUGUAUUUGCACCAUGAUUGCUACCCUGUUGUGGUGCAUAGAGAUGUCAAGCCCAGUAAUAUACUUCUGGACGCUGAUAUGGAGGCUCGCGUGGCAGAUUUUGGGGUCGCCAAGCUCAUUCAGUCAGACGAGUCCAUGUCUGUCAUUGCAGGCUCCUACGGCUACAUUGCACCAGAAUAUGCCUACACUCUGCAAGUUGAUGAGAAAAGUGACAUCUACAGUUUUGGGGUCGUUUUGCUGGAGAUUUUGACGGGCAGGAGGUCGGUGGAUUCAGAAUUCGGGGACGCCAUUAACAUAGUGGAUUGGGUGCGCGCCAAAAUCCAAACAAAAGAGGGCAUUUUGGAAGUUCUGGAUCAAAAUGUAGGAGCUUCCUGUAGCUCUGUACAGGAAGAAAUGAUGUUGGUUUUGCGAGUGGCUCUGCUCUGCACAGCCAGGUGCCCUGCAGACCGCCCCUCCAUGAGAGAUGUGGUCUCCAUGCUCUCAGAAGCCAAGCCCCGCAGGAAAUCCUUGCUCAAUCUUCAUUGCCUUCAGCAAGAGCAGAACAAUCUUCUUCGCAGUUCCAGUUCGAAGUCAAAUCCCUCUUCUCAAGAAAGCAGCCCUGCAGCAUCCAGAAUAGUAGUCUGAAGUGAACAGAGCUGUCAUCUUUCUUCUCUCUAUAUAUGUAAGUAGGCAAUGGCAGACAAUAUUGUUGCUUGGAACUCUCAUGCAUGAUGUUUCUAAAUGCCUAGAUGAAGUUUUGCAGUAAGUGCUGUGUUGACCUAAGCUGCUGUGUAGAGUAGUUUUCUUUUUCAAUUGGGGAAAUGAUUUUUGGGAGAGUCCUAUUAAGCAUGACGAGUGAUCAGGCUUCUUCUGUACAUAAACAUAUAUUUCUAGUCAAUGAAUCAGCAUUCCUUGAGAAAACAA